AUGCUUCAGACAACUGAUGCAGAUUCUGAAGAGAACACAAAGAGUUAUAUAGUGUACAUGGGUAGCCCUCCAAGUGGUGAAUCACCCAAAUCAAUGCUUCACAUGAGCAUGCUCCAACAAGCCAUUGGCAGUGAAAGAGCAGAAAAUUCUCUAGUCCACAGCUACAAGAGGUGUAUCAAUGGGUUCGUUGCGAAUCUCAACGAAGAAGAUGUGCCAAAAGUUGCUGCAAUGGAAGGAGUGGUUGCUGUAUUCCCAAAUGGAUGGAAACAUCUGCACACUACAAGAUCAUGGGACUUCAUAGGAUUUCCAGAACAAGUGAAAAGAGCAAUCACAGAAAGUGAUAUAAUCAUUGGAAUGCUUGACACUGGAAUCUGGCCAGACUCCCCCAGCUUCAAUGACUCUGGAUUUGGUCCCCCACCCUCCAAAUGGAAGGGAGCUUGCUAUAAUAUUACUUGCAACAAUAAAAUCAUCGGAGCAAAAUAUUUCCGAAGUGACAAAAAUUUUAGUGGAGAUAAUAUCAAAUCUCCGAUAGAUUCUAAUGGGCAUGGAACACACACAGCAUCAACAGCUGCUGGAGGGUCAGUGAAUUCAGCAAGCCUCUACGGUCUGGGCUUAGGAACAGCACGAGGAGGAGUGCCAUCAGCAAGAAUAGCAGUGUACAAGGUUUGCUGGUCGGAAGGAUGUCGAGACGCAGACAUCCUCGCAGGUUUCGAUGAAGCAAUCGCUGAUGGUGUCGACAUACUCUCUAUCUCAAUUGGAGGCAAAUCACCUUCACCUCUAAAUUACUUCAAUGACAUUUUCGCCAUUGGAGCUUUUCAUGCGAUGAAACAUGGGAUCUUGACCUCCGCUUCCGCUGGUAACAGCGGACCCUUGCUUAUGACCACCGUCAGUGUGGCUCCUUGGAUUCUUUCUGUGGCUGCCACUACCACAGAUAGAAACAUCGUCACCAAGAUUCAGAUUGGGGAUGAUAUUCUUGAGGGACGUUCAAUAAAUACGUUUGACUUGAAUAGCACUCGGUAUCCUAUAGUUCAUGGUGGGGAUGUACCAAACACCAUUAAAGGCUAUAAUAGCUCUGUAUCCAGGUUCUGCUUAGAAGACUCAAUGGACCAGAAUUUGGUGAAGGGGAAGAUAGUUAUUUGUGAUGCCCAAUUGGAACCUAAGCAAAUUGGAUUUGCAUCUGGUGCUACUGGCGUUAUAAUAAAUUUUAGUGCAGUCAAAUUUCUUGAUAGUGGCUUAGCUUUUGCCUUGCCAGCAUCUUUCGUCGACCUCAUGACAAAAACCAGCAUCAACGACGUAACCGCGACGAUAUUAAAGAGCAGCCAUUAUUACAAUGAUUCUUUGGCACCUGCUGCUGCCACCUUUUCCUCAAGAGGUCCUAACCUAGUUACACCUGACAUCCUCAAACCGGAUAUAGCAGCACCAGGAGUUAAUAUUUUGGCUGCGUGGAAUCCAAAUUUACCUCCUUCAGGAGUGAAAGGAGACAAAAGACAAGCACAUUAUAAUUUCGAUUCAGGGACAUCAAUGUCUUGCCCUCAUGCCACUGCCUUGGCUGCUUACAUCAAAUCCUUCCACCCUUCUUGGUCUCCUACUGCAAUCAAGUCUGCCAUUAUGACUACAGCUACACCUAUAAAAUCUGAUCUAUUGAACCAUGCUGAGUUUGCAUACGGAGCAGGCAAUAUAAACCCAACAAAGGCACUAAAUCCUGGUUUAGUAUACGACGCUAAUGAAACAGACUACUUCAAGUUCCUAUGUGGACAAGGUUACAAUGACUCAUUACUUCAAGUCGUAACAGGAGAAAACAGAACUUGUGCUGAAGUCACCCAUGGAAGCGUGUGGGAUCUAAACUACCCUUCUUUUGCUGUGUCCACUACGUCUCCUCGAUUGGACGAGGCUCGAGUUUUCACAAGGACUGUCACAAACGUUGGGUCACCAACUUCUAUAUACGAGGCCACUGUGACUGCUCCAGAAGGACUCGACAUUCAAGUGAAUCCUCGAAGGCUAUCGUUUACUUCCUUGGGACAGAAGCUGUCGUUUAAUGUUACUGUAAGUGGGUUUGUAUCUUCCAUGGCUUCUGCUUCUUUGACCUGGGAUGAUGGCACCUACCAAGUGAGGAGCCCUAUCAUGGUCUUUAUAUAUCCUAUUAAUCAAUGA